AUGGCUCAAGAAGCACGAUAUAUCGAUUAUAGUCCGGCCCCCAGCGGGUCAAAACACGAAGACGGAACGCCGGUGCUGAAUCGGUAUUCAACAGUGCUCACUCGCGGCCAUGACUCUCCAGCUGCACAGGCAAUGUUGUAUGCUGCUGGCGUGCCAGACAGGAAUGCAAUGAAGAAAAGCCCUCAGGUUGGAGUUGCUUCCGUCUGGUGGGAAGGAAACCCAUGCAACAUGCAUCUUUUGGACCUGGGAAAGACUGUUAAAAAGGCAGUCAGCGAGAAGGGCUUUAUUGCCUGGCAAUACAAUACAGUCGGUGUUUCUGAUGGGAUUACUAUGGGAACUGAAGGAAUGCGAUUCUCGUUGCAGACUCGAGAGUUGAUUGCCGACAGCAUCGAGACGGUGACUUGUGCUCAGUACCAUGAUGCGUGCAUCGCCAUCCCCGGCUGUGAUAAGAACAUGCCGGGUGUCAUCAUGGGCAUGGCGCGGCAUAAUCGGCCUUCCAUUAUGAUCUACGGCGGCACAAUCGCCGUGGGCAAUUCCAGUCUGCUCCGCAAACGCAUCAAUGUCUCCACCUGUUUCGAAGCAGCUGGUGCUUAUGCCUACGACACGCUUCGUCAACCGGAUGACGACGGCGGCGACACCAGCAAGACGAAAGACGAGAUCAUCGAGGAUCUGGAGAGGCACGCCUGCCCUGGAGCCGGGGCUUGCGGCGGCAUGUUCACAGCUAACACGAUGGCUACGGCGAUUGAAUCUAUGGGGUUGAGCUUGCCGGGCUCUUCGUCUACGCCGGCGGAAUCGCCGUCUAAAAUGCGAGAGUGUGUCAAGGUGGCCGACGCCAUCCAGAUCUGCAUAGAGCAGGAUAUCACGCCUCGCAAACUGCUUACCAAAAGGUCGUUUGAAAACGCCCUUGUCAUGACUAUGGCCCUGGGUGGCAGUACAAACGGCGUUCUUCACUUUCUGGCCAUGGCUCGCACUGCCGAGGUGGACUUUAGUCUCGACGACGUACAGAGAGUGAGCAAUAAAAUCCCUUUUAUUGCCGACUUGGCUCCAAGUGGCAAAUACUACAUGGCCGAUCUUUAUGAGAUUGGAGGCAUCCCCUCGGUGCAGAAGCUUCUCAUUGCCGCUGGUCUCUUGGAUGGCGACAUCCCCACGAUAACCGGCAAGACUCUGGCUCAAAACGUCGAGGCCUUCCCCUCGCUGCCCCAGGACCAGGUCAUCAUUCGUGCGCUGGACAACCCCAUCAAGGCGACGGGCCAUCUGCAGAUUCUCCGAGGCAACCUGGCUCCCGGGGGCGCUGUUGCCAAAAUCACAGGGAAGGAAGGACUCAAGUUCACUGGCAAGGCGCGGGUGUUCAACAAAGAGCAACAGCUCAACGAGGCAUUGACCAAGGGUGCGAUCCCUCGCGACGAGAACCUCGUUCUGAUUGUUCGCUACGAAGGCCCCAAGGGUGGACCGGGAAUGCCGGAGCAGCUCAAGUCGAGUGCUGCUCUGAUGGGGGCAAAGCUCACCAACGUGGCCCUCAUCACAGACGGCAGAUACUCGGGAGCCAGUCAUGGAUUCAUUGUUGGACAUAUCGUGCCCGAAGCCGCUGUAGGAGGUCCAAUCGCAGUAGUACAAGACGGAGACCUGGUCACCAUCAGCGCAGAGACCAAUGAGCUCACCAUGGAUGUCUCGGACGAGGAGAUACAGGCACGACUGAAAAACUGGCAGCCACCCACACCGCAGGUGACGCGGGGGGUGCUGGCCAAGUAUGCCAGACUAGUCGGCGAUGCAUCCCACGGAGCAAUGACAGAUUUGUUUUAA